AUGUGCAUGAAGCUCCGACUAGACUUGGCUAUUCAAGAUUUAGCAUUUAGAUUUUCAAUUUCUAAUUCUCAAUGCUCAAGUAUAUUAACUACCUGGAUUACUUAUUUUGGAAAUGAGUUAAAACCUCUUCUUCUUUGGCCAACUGGAAAGUUACACAACGUAGAAGGUAUAAUAGACUGUACUGAGCAAAAAAUUCAGAAACCAUCAAAUGCGAAGGCACAGUAUCAAACAUUUAGUACUUAUAAAAGUUGUAACACAUUAAAAAAACUAGUUGUGACAACAAAAACUGGUUCUUUCAGUUUUAUCUCCAAAGCUUAUGGUGGCCAAGCUUCAGAUAGACACAUUACAGAGGACUGCAAUGUUAUUAAUAUGUUUUCUGAAGGAUCUGUUUGCUUGGCUGAUAAAGGUUUUAAUAUCCAAGAUUUGCUCUUAAAAAAAAAAGUCGUAUUGGUUUGUCCACCUUUUAAAAAAAAAGGACUACAUUUUACACGAACUAAAGUCCUCUCAGCCAAAGAAAUUGCUAGAUCACGAGUCCAUGUGGAGCGAUCAAUUCGACGACUUAAAGAAUUUAAAAUAUGUAAAAACGAGUUAUCACUAACAAUGCUAGAUCUCAUUGAUUACAUAUAUAUUAUUUGUGGAGCUUUAAGUAAUUUACAACCCUCAAUUGUAAAGGAAUUUAUCUGAUGUAAAUUAAAUAUGCUGAUACUAAUAAAAAGAUAUCUCUA